AUGGCAGCUUUCUUUGACAAUGAACGUCCUAAUGUUGUAUUUGAAGAUGCGAGACCAUCCAUCAUUUCCACCAAAUCGAACAAGUCAGUGUCAUCAUUAGCUAGUUUACAAGAUGAAGAGGAAAGAAAUAAGAAGAAGAGAAAAGAAAGCGAGUGGACAUUUCGCCCUCUCAAAAUCAAGUUCAAAAUGAAAGAUAUCCUCUUUGCUGAUAUUGUUGUUACUAGACUCUCAUCUGGAUGUACUGCAAAAGAUUUGGUUAAAAUUCUCAAUGAAUUGUUUGGAAAAUUUGAUUCAUUAGCUGCAAACAACAAUUGUCUUCGUAUUAAGAUUUUAGGUGAUUGUUACUAUUGUGUAUCAGGAUUAUUAGAUGAACAAGAAGAUCAUGCUCGUUGUUGUGUACAAAUGGGACUUGAUAUGGUAGAAGCUAUCAGAACUGUUCAUGAAGCGACUGGAGUUGAUGUUAAUAUGAGAGUGGGUGUUCAUACUGGUCAUGUGAUUUCUGGAGUGGGUCUGCAUAAGUGGCAGUUUGAUGUAUGGUCUAAUGAUGUGAAAUUAGCUAAUCAUAUGGAGUCUGGAGGAGAACCAGGACGAGUUCAUAUUUCCCAAAAGACAUUUUUUUUGGAUUUCUUGGGUAAUGCUUUUGAAGUAGAGGAAGGCAAUGGAGCAGAGAGAGAUAGCUAUCUUAAGGAACACAACGUGGUCACUUACUUCAUCAAAGAAAAUUUAGAUGGGUCAUUUCUACAAGCUGAUCGUAAGCAUAAUCCUCGCCGUUCUGAAAUCAAUCCUAUUGUGUGUAAACAUCUUUCAAAGUGGGGUGCUCAGGCACCAUUUGCUGGUAUCAAUCAAGUAGAUGCUAUUGAAAAUCCAACAGCUAAUGUGUUAGCUGUGAUGGUGUACAAAUAUACA